CUGCAUUGACUUGGACGUGGACGUGUGCGGUGCGCGGAUCUUGAGUUUUUGUUUGGAAUACGCGGCGUAUACGCAAUCUGAAUACUAUAUGUAGACGCGGGUGUUGUUCAUAAUUUUAUGCAUACAUAUAGAUGAAUAUAUAGCAAGUGAAAUUUCGCAACUAGUGCACAAUCAAAGGGGAAAAAAUAAGUGAAAAUGCCUAACUCUAGGGGACAGCAUGCCGGCGUUGGGGUUUUAUUUAACGGUGAUUCGCCGAAGACUAAAGACGCCAAAGCGCAGCAGAUCGGGAAUCGGGGUGCCGCUGCUACCGGAAUCGGUGAAAUAGUGCAAAACGCAAGCUACGCGAACGGUCAAACGACACAGGCGACGAUAUUCCUCAACCAUAACAAUAGAAAGAACCCGCCAACUCCGAACCACAAUCAAAACAGCGCCGGCCCGUGUGUUUAUAACAACAAUAGCAAUAGCGAAUUUGCGCCAAUUCCAAACUUUAGCAAUUUGAAUUUCUACGCCCAGCCGCCAGCGGCACACUACGACGUUUGCUAUCAGCAGCCGAACGAGUACUACCAACAGGCACAGCAGCAGGGCCAGCCGGCGGACCAGUACGAGGAGAACUUCGACGAGGACAUGGAGGCCGAACGGGAUCUCGCCGAGGAUGCGCAAUGGAAGAAGAUCCAACAGAACACCUUCACCCGGUGGGCCAACGAGCACCUGAAGACGAUAGAUCGGUCGAUCAACAACCUGGAGACGGAUCUCUCCGACGGCCUCCGACUGAUCGCCCUGAUCGAGGUCCUCUCCCAGAAGCGUAUGCCCAAGUACAAUAAACGCCCAACAUUCCGCAGCCAGAAACUUGAAAACGUCUCGGUGGCCCUGAAAUUCCUUCAGGAUGAGGGAAUCAAAAUCGUAAACAUUGACUCCUCGGACAUUGUGGACUGUAAGCUGAAACUGAUACUGGGCCUGAUUUGGACACUGAUCCUCCACUACUCGAUAUCGAUGCCCAUGUGGGAUGGCGAGGACGAGAAGCAGCUGAACGGAUCGGGCCACACGCCCAAGCAGCGCCUGCUCAACUGGAUACACGCCAAGAUACCCGACUUGCCCAUCAAUAACUUCACCAACGACUGGACCACGGGCAAGGCUGUGGGCGCCCUCGUCGAUGCCUGUGCCCCGGGCCUGUGUCCCGACUGGGAGAUGUGGGAUGCCAAGGAUGCCGUCCAGAACGCUUCCGAGGCCAUGGGCCUGGCCGAUGACUGGCUCAAUGUGCGCCAGCUGAUCAAGCCCGAGGAGCUGGUGAACCCCAAUGUGGAUGAGCAGUCGAUGAUGACCUAUCUGUCGCAGUAUCCCAACUCUAAGCUCAAGACCGGAGCUCCGCUGAGGCCCAAGACCAAUCCCAACAGCAUUCCUCCGCCGCGAGUGCGUGCCUAUGGUCCAGGAAUUGAACCCAUUGGCCCAGUGGUCGGUGCCCCAGCCAAUUUCACGGUGGAAACCUUCUCCGCCGGCAAAGGUGCUGUGGAUGUGGAGAUCCAGGGACCCAAUGGCGAGAUCGAAAAGGCUGAUGUCCGCUUCAACAACGACAAGAACCUCACCUACACCGUCUCGUACAUACCCAAGGCCGAGGGUCCUCACAAGGUGGGCGUAAAGUUCUCCGGACGCGACAUCCCCAAGUCGCCGUUCCCCGUCAAGGUCGAAGGACAUGCCGGCGAUGCCUCCAAGGUUAAGGUUACUGGUCCCGGCAUCCAGCCCAACGGAGUGACCAUUAAGAAGCCUACUUUCUUCGACAUACUCACCAAGGAUGCGGGUCGUGGUGUGCCCGAGGUGAUCAUCAUCGAUCCGGCCAACCACAAGACCUCGGUGGCCGCCAAGGUGCGUCAGCUGGAGAAUGAUACGUGGCGUUGCGAGUACGUCACUGCUCUGCAGGGUCUGCAUUCGGUAAACGUCUUCUACGCCGGCACACCCAUUCCGAACAGUCCAUUCCCGGUUAAGGUGGCCCCACUGUCGGAUGCCCGCAAGGUGCGCGCUUCCGGCCGUGGCCUCCAGGCCACCGGAGUUCGUGUCGGCGACGAUGCGGACUUCAAGAUCUAUACCGAGGGUGCUGGCGAGGGUUUGCCCGAGGUGCGCGUCAUUGGUCCCGGUGGCAUGAACCAGAACGUGAUGCUGUCGAAGGUGGAUGGCAACACCUACGAAUGCCACUACUAUCCCACCAAGGAGGGUCGCUACGUAAUCAUGGUCACGUUUGCCGGCCAGGAAGUUCCCAAAUCCCCGUUCGAAAUAAAGGUGGGCCCCAAGAAGGAGUCCUCGAUUGUAGCCUAUGGCCCUGGCCUGAGCAGCGGUGUCAUUGGCUACCCGGCUGCCUUCGUGGUGGAGACCAAUGGCGAGACAGGCGCCCUCGGGUUCACCGUGGCCGGACCCUCGCAGGCCGAGAUCGAGUGCCACGACAACGGCGAUGGAUCCGCCCUGGUCAAGUACCUUCCGACCGCUGUCGGAGAGUAUGCCGUCCACAUCCUGUGCGACAACGAGGACAUCCCCAAAUCCCCGUUUAUUGCCCAAAUUCUGCCACGCACCGACUUCCACCCCGAGCUGGUCAAGAGCAGUGGCCCGGGGCUGGAGAAGAAUGGCGUUACUAUCAAUCAGCCCACCAGUUUCACCGUAGACACCAGCAAGGCUGGCAACGCUCCCUUGGAUGUGGUCGUCCAGGAUGUGUACGGCACUAAGCUGCCUGUGGAGCUGAAGAACAACCCGGACGGCACCAAGAAGGUUACUUACACGCCCACUUCCGGAGUCCCCCACACCGUCGAAGUUAACUACGGCGGCGUCUCCACUCCCAAUUCCCCGCAUCGCGUCUACGUCGGCGUCCCUGUGGAUGCGGCCAGGGUUCAGGCCUUCGGUCCCUGGCUACAGCCUGGAGUGCAUCCCAAUGUACCCACCCAUUUCAAUGUGGACGCCCGCGAGGCCGGCGAUGCCGAGCUCAAGGUGAAGAUCGUUCAUGAGGAGACCAAGCUCGAAGUGCCCUGCCGCAUCAUCGACAACGAGGACAACACCUACUCCGUGGAGGUUAUCCCGCCAACUAAGGGCGCCUACACCACAACCAUGACCUACGGCGGCCAGAGGGUUCCUCUGGGACAGAAGGUCGUCGUGGAGCAGACAGUGGAUGUGUCCAAGAUCAAGGUGGACGGACUCGAGCCGACCGCGCCCCUAAAUAGUUUACAGCAGUUCCGGAUCAUCACACACGGCCUGCCCAAGGCGGAUCUGGCCGUGACGAUAACCAGCCCGUCGGGCAAUCGCGUCAAGGCCCACAUCAUACCCACGGCUGAGGGCUUCCUGGUCAACUUCACGCCCACCCAGCUGGGCGAGUAUCUGCUGAGCAUUUGCUUUGGUGGCACACCGAUCACCCCACGACCCUUCCGGCUGCAGUGCCUCACAGGCAGCGACUCCAACAAGGUACAGGCCUUUGGACCUGGAUUGGAGCGGGGAAUUGUGGGCCAGCCGGCGGAGUUUAUGAUCGACACACGGGGUGCCGGGCAGGGGGGACUGGGUGUUACCGUGGAGGGUCCCUGCGAGGCAGCCAUUAACUGCCGGGACAACGGCGAUGGCACCUGCAAUGUGGCCUACCUGCCGACCGAGGCGGGUGACUACACCGUCAAUAUAACCUUCAACGAGCGCCACAUCAACGGGUCGCCAUUCCAGCCGCUGAUUGUCCCGGUGCCGAACCUGAAGAACACCCGGGUCAGCGGCAUCGGCAUCCAGCCGCAUGGUGUGAUCAUGAACGCCGCCACGGACUUCAUGGUGGACAUGAGCAAUGUGGGAAGCAACAUUGACUCCGGCAAACUGUCCUGCGCCAUCUUCGAUCCCAUGGGCCAUGUCCUGCCCAGCAAGAUCGUCCAGGGACCCACCGACGACAUCUUCCGGAUCAUGUACACGCCCUUCGAGGCCGGUCGCCACACCAUCGAACUGAUGUACGACAAUAUCCCGGUGCCGGGAUCUCCGUUUGUGGUAAACGUGAAGAGCGGCUGCGAUCCGUCGCGUUGCAAGGCCUACGGACCUGGUCUGGAGACGGGCCUGACCAACCAGAAGAACAAGUUCACUGUGGAGACGAAGGGCGCCGGAAACGGCGGGCUCUCUCUGGCCAUUGAAGGGCCCUCGGAGGCCAAGAUGACCUGCACGGAUAAUCGCGACGGCAGCUGCGAUGUGGACUACUUGGCCACGGAUCCGGGCGAGUACGAUAUCACCAUUCGCUUUGCCGACAAGCACAUCCCCGGCUCCCCGUUCCGCGUGCUCGUGGAGGAGACGGUGGAUCCCACUAAGGUGAAGGUCUAUGGACCUGGCAUUGAGCACGGCCAGGUGCGCGAGAGCGUGCCGACCUACUUCAAUGUGGAUGUGGCCGAGGCUGGUCCCGGCCGCAUCGCCGUGAAGCUGACCAACUCCGAGGGCAUUCCCGUGGACAACUUGCGGGUGGAGGACAAGGGCAACAGCAUUUAUGCCGUGCAUUAUGUGCCGCCCAAGGCGGGAUCCGUUCUCACAUGUCAAGUUAAGUUCUCCGAAGUCGAAGUGCCAUGCAGUCCUUUUGUGAUGACCGUUUUCCCCAAAUCGGAAGCCACCAAGGUCAAGGUCAAGGGCGUCAAUGAGAAGAAGAAAACUCCCGCCUCCCUGCCCGCCGAAUUCGAGAUCGACACAAAACAAGCCGGCCAGGCCGACAUCAAUGUGGCCAUCAAGAAUCCGAAGGGCAAGCCGAUGCAGCCCCGCCUCGAGGAAGUGGCCAGUGGCACGUACGUGGUGUCCUUUGUGCCGGACGAGUGCGGAACGUACCAAUGCAGCAUCAAGUACGGCGACAAGGAGAUCGAGGGGUCGCCCUUCAAACUCGAAGCAUUCCCCACCGGCGAGGCCAAGAAGUGCAAGCUGGUGGAGCAGGCGCCCAAGAUCCAGCCCUCGGGCAGUCAGUCGCACCUGAAGGUGGACGCCCGUGAGGCCGGAGAUGGUGCUGUGACCUGCAAGAUAACCAACAAGGAGGGCAACGAGAUUGUGGACAUUGAUGUGAUCGAGAAGGACGGCUUCUUCGAUAUCCUGUACGCCCUGAACGAUCCUGGCGACUACGACAUCAAUGUGAAGUUUGGCGGCAAGGACAUACCGAACGGCAGCUUCUCCAUCAAGGCUGUCGAAAGUAUCGAACAAUAUUCGCAUAGUGAGUACAUCGAGGAGCACACGACCAAGGUGGUGCAGCAAACAACGCAGAGCGAGCUUGUGAACGGAAAAUCUGAGAUCACAUACCGAAGUGUUGCCUUCGAAAAAUUGCCACUUCCCACGACAGGCGGUAACGUAACAGCUGAAGUCAGAAUGCCAAGCGGUAAGGUAGACAAACCCGUUAUUCAGGACAACCGUGACGGUACCGUCUCGGUCAAGUACGAUCCCCGUGAGGAGGGAUCCCACGAGCUGGUGGUCAAAUACAAUGGAGAGCCCGUCCAAGGUUCUCCCUUCAAAUUCCACGUUGACUCGAUCACCUCCGGCUAUGUGACUGCUUACGGACCUGGUUUGACCCAUGGUGUGACCGGCGAGCCGGCCAACUUCACCAUCUCCACCAAGGGAGCCAGCGCCGGUGGCCUGACCAUGGCCGUCGAAGGACCCAGCAAGGCGGACAUCAACUACCAUGAUAACAAAGAUGGCACCGUGUCCGUGCAAUACCUGCCCACUGCCCCCGGCGAGUACCAGGUGUCGGUUCGCUUCGGCGACAAGCACAUCAAGGGAUCGCCCUACUUUGCCAAGAUCACCGGUGAGGGACGCAAGCGCAACCAGAUCUCGGUCGGUUCCUGCUCCGAGGUGACCAUGCCCGGCGACAUCACCGACGAUGAUCUGCGCGCCCUGAACGCUUCCAUCCAGGCUCCUAGUGGCCUGGAGGAGCCGUGCUUCCUGAAGCGCAUGCCCACCGGAAACAUUGGCAUCUCGUUCACGCCCCGCGAGAUCGGCGAGCACUUGGUGUCGGUUAAGCGCCUGGGAAAGCACAUCAACAACUCUCCCUUCAAGGUCACCGUUUGCGAGCGUGAGGUGGGCGAUGCCAAGAAGGUCAAGGUCAGCGGUAACGGCCUGAAGGAGGGUCAGACCCAUGCCGACAACAUCUUCUCCGUGGACACACGCAACGCCGGAUUCGGUGGUCUUUCCGUCUCGAUCGAGGGUCCCAGCAAGGCUGAGAUCCAGUGCACGGACAAGGACGACGGCACUCUCAACAUCUCCUACAAGCCCACGGAGCCAGGUUACUACAUUGUCAACCUGAAGUUCGCUGAUCACCACGUGGAGGGAUCCCCAUUCACCGUCAAGGUAUCUGGAGAGGGCAGCAACCGCAAGCGCGAGAAGAUCCAGCGUGAGCGGGAUGCCGUCCCCAUCACGGAAAUCGGCAGCCAGUGCAAACUGACCUUCAAGAUGCCCGGCAUCACCUCCUUCGACUUGGCCGCCUGUGUCACCUCACCCAGCAACGUGACUGAGGAUGCCGAGAUCCAGGAGGUAGAGGAUGGCCUCUACUCGGUGCACUUUGUGCCCAAGGAACUGGGCGUGCACACCGUCUCGGUGCGCUACUCUGAGAUGCACAUACCCGGAUCGCCCUUCCAGUUCACCGUGGGACCGCUGCGCGACUCUGGCAGCCAUCUGGUCAAGGCCGGAGGUUCUGGUCUGGAGCGUGGCAUUGUCGGCGAGGCGGCGGAAUUCAAUGUGUGGACCCGCGAGGCUGGCGGUGGCUCCCUGGCCAUCUCCGUCGAGGGUCCCAGCAAGGCCGAUAUCGAGUUCAAGGACCGCAAGGACGGCAGCUGCGAUGUCUCGUACAAGGUUACCGAGCCAGGCGAGUACCGUGUGGGUCUGAAGUUCAACGACCGCCACAUCCCCGACUCGCCAUUCAAGGUCUACGUCUCGCCGGAUGCUGGUGAUGCCCACAAGCUGGAGGUGCAGCAGUUCCCCCAGGGCAACAUCCAGGCGGAUGCCCCCUACCAGUUCAUGGUGCGCAAGAACGGCGCCAAGGGCGAGCUGGAUGCCAAGAUCGUGGCUCCCUCCGGCACGGAUGACGAUUGCUUCAUCCAGGUGAUCGACGGCGAGAUGUACUCGGUGCGCUUCUAUCCUCGCGAAAACGGUAUCCAUGCCAUCCACGUCAAGUUCAACGGCGUCCACAUUCCGGACUCGCCGUUCAGAAUCAAGGUGGGCAAGGAUGUGGCUGAUCCGGCCGCUGUCCACGCCACCGGCAACGGACUCGACGAGGUGAAGACCGGACACAAGGCCGACUUCAUCAUCAACACCUGCAACGCUGGCGUGGGAACUCUGGCCGUUUCCAUUGAUGGACCCUCAAAGGUGGCCAUGGACUGCACGGAAGUGGAGGAGGGCUACAAGGUGCGCUACACCCCACUGCUCCCGGGCGAGCACUACAUCACGGUCAAGUACAACAACAUGCAUAUCGUGGGCUCACCCUUCAAGGUGAACGCCACCGGCGACAAGCUGGCGGACGAGGGCGCCCAGGAGACGUCGACUGUAAUUGUGGAGACGGUCCAGAAGGUGGCCAAGGGCGGCAAGAACACUGGCGUCCAUCUGCCCACCUUCAAGUCGGAUGCCAGCAAGGUGGUGUCCAAGGGAAUGGGCCUGAAGAAGGCUUACAUUGGCAAGCAGAACCAGUUCAGCAUCUCGGCCACUGAUGCGGGCAACAACAUCUUGUACGUGGGCAUGUACGGACCGAGGGGUCCCUGCGAGGAGUUCCACGUCAAGCACGCCGGCCACAACAACUACAAUGUGCAGUACCUGGUGCGCGAUCGUGGCCAGUACGUGCUGCUGAUCAAGUGGGGCGAGGAGCACAUACCCGGCUCCCCAUUCCAGAUUGAUGUGUAGAGGAAGGAGCUGGGAAAACGAGGAUAUAGUCACGUGUAGAUAUAUGCUUCGCAUGUGUAUGUGUGUGGGCGCGCAUGUUCCAGGGUUUAAAAGUCGUGUAAUUUCUGUUUUAUUUUCUCAUCACUUAACCGAUACUUUUUGUUUAAUUUUAAUUUCUUAACCUUUUGAUUCAUUAUCAGCGUUCUUUAGGUAAGAUAUUUUUUGUUAUUUGUACAUACAUACAUGAAGGGAAGACGAAGACGCGCCAUUUUUUCACAUCUUAUCUAUUGAGAAGUUAUUUUAUUUUGUUUUCUUGUCAUUACGAUACGAUUUAACAAUAGCCAAUACAAAUUUUGGAUAAACUAAUAUGGAAAUGAGAACUUAAACACCACUUUGACACACCAGAAUUUCAAUUACAAUGCGAAUAAAUCUCUUAAACAAUUAUUUUAUACUUAAGCAUACAAAUUUAUGAUGAUUACAAUAAUUAUGACGUAUUAUGUUUUUCUAUUAUCACUAUCGACAUGUAAUUUACGUGAAAUAAAUCAAAACUCAAAAAUAA